AUGGUGAUUUUCCUUUCUUUCUUUUUUCAAGAUGCAAAAUCAGAGUCUAGUUUUCUUUUGGCUUCCUGUGUAUUGACUUCACAAGCUGAGUUGGCUGAGAUGCUUGGUGUCGGCGGAAAUAUUAUCGCUCAUCUUCAGAUUUUCGAUGACAACUUCUUGAAAUUAAUGAAAGGGCUACAACGUUUGGAAAGGGAUUCUGUAGAGAAAGGGUGUGAAGUGUGGGUUUUAAACGGACGGCUGAAGGCUGCGGCUGCGGCUGCGGCUCGGAAACCUUGGAGGCCAGCGAAACUCGACGGCGGCUUGGCGGGUUGGAUUGCUAAUGGGAUUAUGGUUUGA